UAGAAAAACAGUACUCUUUUAGAUUCCGAGGAGUUAACAACGGACUGCGCGUAGACGGUAUAUUGGUCCAGGAAGUGCUACUUCCGCUACAAGUGUCUCUGUGCCAAAAACGCACCGCUAUCUAAUUAGAGCAUCAACAAGCCAACAAGGAUUAAAUGGCUAAGAUCAAUUACCUAGUGUUCUUGCUAUUAUUCGGAUGCCCGUUUCUCAUUAGAGCUGACGAUUUACUCGACUCGGAGGAACCACCUGAGGGCUACUAUGCAUUCAUCGAGUCCCCAUCAGCCGUUCCUCCGAAGGUUCGCUCCCCACCGUAUACUCACAUCAACAUCGAUUGCAAAGAUGCGACUAACCCUAAGCCAUACGUUUCGGCAAACAAUCUCUGUGGAGAUUUGAACAAGGGUAAAAUCCCGCGCAAUCCAAUGCGUCAAAGCGUGAUGGGAGAACCUUACCCUUUUGAGCUAAUCAGAAACCAAACACUGAAGUUUUUGUCGAAAACUUUGCCUGUACUGAAGGCCGAUGAUACGCUCCCCAAGGUCACUCAGAUAAUGCCGGACGAUACUGUUGAGCAGUAUGAUGAUAAUGGAAUUGGUCGCCGGAUGGGAAAAGGCAUUCGCAUGACCGAAGAACGCAAGGAUGACGAAGAACCACGGGCGCCAAGGAAGUUCUGCGAUGGUGGUGGCGUAUUUUGUGCUCUGUAUCGUGCCAUCCAGGGCGAACCUUUCAGUAGCAAACUGGUCGCCGAGCGACGUGAAGAAAUUCCAAGUGCUUACGCUCCACCACCACCUCGAUACGAAGGACCCCCCACACCCUGUCCUGCCAAGGUGGAAUAUGCCACACCGGUCUUCGCUAAGAACUACCAAGGUUCGUGGCGGUACGUCGUCCAAAUUCCGUACGAAGGUUACUUCACGCAAACGGUUGAGGUGACCCGCUGUCUACAAGCUCGAUGCCAUUAUCUCGAUGGAGGUUGCUUGUCUUCUCCCCGUUGGGUGAGCUUGCUUGUUGCUGAAAUUUUCUACCCGAAUGCUGAAGAGUUCACAACAACGACAUCCACGACCACUGCACCGUCGAUUCAGGACUUCCAGGCAUACCAGCAGUAUCUGCAGAAACGGGCGGGACUUCCCACCGCCGUUGACAGUGGCUCGUAUGAAAAUACUAGCAAUCAUGCAACUCGCAAGAGCGAUCAGCAUUGUGACGGUCACGAUGAAAUCGGGUGCUUCCAAGUUCGUUUGUACUACGAUUGGUUCCUGAUACCGGGCUCUUGCAAGUGCUGGAGACCAGAUUACUUCGCCAAGUAUGUCCGAAAACGACCAACGCCUGAACUGUAGAACUCGAUUGAUAUCUGCGCCCAUGCGAAAGAGGUCGCGUACGAGUGUUGAAUGGACUGCAACUUUAUUUAUUUAUUUAUUUUAUCAUAGCUUAUGUAAAUGCUAGAGCGUAAAAUGGAGAUUCAAGUUGGAGCUUAUUCGGGUACAACAUUUGGAAGGCGCUUCUGUGGACGCUUUUUUGUGCGUUUCUGGACGUGUUUAAUCUCUCUAUCUUUUACGCAGGAGAAUUCUAUUUCCUUCCCUCAAUUUUCCGCUGGUUAUGGUGUUAUGGGACAAUAAUCGCUACAAUGAGCCAUCGAAGGCAUUCAUUGGGUCGGAUUUAUUUUUGGUUCAAAGUGAACUGGAAGUAUUACUGGCAAAACUGAUCUACAAAACAGUACUACAUUAUACGCUCUUCAUAAGAAAGUAUAGGCUAAGAUUUAGGUAAAAAUACUUUUCUCGUCUACUAGAGUCUGAUUCAACUAAACUAAAGCAAUGAAAGAGGAAAAAUUGUAAAUAUAAAUAUUUUAAAACUUA